AUGUGGUCUCGCCCAUACACUAUGUCGAGGGACUAUCUGCUCCCUUUUCUUUCAGCUUGUCUCCUUGUCAUACAACUCGGUCUUUCGAUCAGCGACCUACCAUCUAUCGAGCUCAUGCAAGAUGUUGUAUGUAAGCAGUCCCAUCGAAUCGAUGGCCCUGAGCUUCUUCCAGAAGAGAAAUGUCGGGAUGAGCCGGUGCAGCAACGACUUAACUUCAUCAUGACGGGGAUGCAAAUAUCCGCCACCAUUUCGGCUACCCUAGUUGCGUUCCCCUUGGGUGUUCUCUCAGAUCGAAUCGGCCGACUUCCUGUACUAGGUGCAAGUAUCCUCAGCAUGAUACUCUCGGAAUCAUACGCUAUGUUUGUAUGCUGGAAAUCAGAUAUGAUUCCACUCGAAGCAAUUUGGUGUGUCGGUGUCGCACUUCUCUUUGGUGGAGGUCGAAGCGUUGCCGAGGCCAUGGUAUUUGCUAUCAUUGCAGACACGCUCGUAGGCCCUGUACUAUCAGGAGAGCUGGUUCAGUCAUCAGUAUGGAUGCCACUAUUCUUGUCCUUGGGCUUGGUACUUGGAGGCGGUAUCAUCCUGGUGAGUUUGACACCAGAGACACUCAAACUAAAGCAGCCUCGAGAGGAGGUAAGCAUUGGGCCGUACGACUAUGAUAUGGAGUCGAACAUGUUGAGCUUGGAGUCUCCCAAGAGAACAUCCGUGAUGGGCACUUUCAAGUCCAUGCUCUCUAGGCCUCUCAUCUGGCUUGUCCCUGGUGCUGUCAUGACAAUCCCACUAGCAACAGUGCAGACUGAUAUCGCCAUUCGCCUAAUGCCCAUACAGUUCAACUGGCCUCUCAACCGUUCUAUACUUAUUAUGCUUAAUUCUAGCUCGGGCGAGUUCGUUGCUAUUCUUAGCUGGCUGCCUCUGCAUGUCGAUGGUAACAAAGCAAGCCUUCAUCAUUGCAGGCCUAGCCGUGUCGGCACUGGGCUCGGGUCUACCUACGCUCUGCCGCGCCAUGUUAGUUGGGAUGACAGGGGAGGAGAGGGCCGGGAUGCUAUUCGGGCUGCUGGCGGUCUGUGA